GCCCUUUGCAACUGACUAGUCAGGCUGGACGGGUGGGCUCCAGCCUCCAGCGGGAGCAUCCGGAGACCCUGAGUUCUGAGGAUUUAAGCUCCGGCCGUUGCGGUAGGGGCGUGGCCUAUAAGGAGCAGAAGCCCGCAGCCGCCUCGCCCCACCCCGAGCAGCCAGGACAACCCGGCGCUGUGACCCCGACCGGCUCCGAUCAAGAUGGCGCUGACGGCGGUGAUACGCGUCCCUUCGCGCGCACUGCUCCGCCCGUGGGCCCGCCUCCGGGAUGCAGCCCUCGGGUGGAUCGAGCCGGCGGGCGGCGGCGGCGUCGAGGUCAGCGCGCAGCGCUUCGCGAGCCAGAAGGUCCUGGUGGAGCCCGACCCGGCCGCAGGGGUCGCUGUGAUGAAGUUCAAGAACCCCCCGGUGAACAGUCUCAGCCUAGAGUUGCUGACGGAGUUGGUCAUCAGCCUGGAGAAACUGGAAAAUGACAAGACCGUCCGAGGCGUUGUGUUAACUUCAGACUGCCCGGGGAUCUUCUCAGCCGGCCUGGACCUGACAGAAAUGUGCGGGAGGAACCCAGCGCACUACGCUGAGUACUGGAAGGCCGUGCAGGAGAUGUGGCUGCGGCUGUACCUGUCCAACCUGGUGCUGGUUGCCGCCAUCAACGGAGCCUCCCCUGCCGGAGGCUGCCUCAUAGCCCUCACCUGCGACUACCGGGUUAUGGCUGACAACCCCAAGUACUGCAUUGGGCUGAAUGAGACCCUGCUGGGCAUCGUCGCCCCCUUCUGGUUCAAAGAUAAUCUUGUGAACACCAUUGGGCAUCGCGCCUCAGAGCGCGCUCUGCAGCUGGGGUUGCUCUUCCCGCCGACAGAGGCCCUCCAGGUGGGCAUGGUGGACAAGGUGGUGCCCAAGGACCAGGUACAGAGCACAGCGCUCUCAGUGCUGGCCCAGUGGAUGGCCAUUCCAGACCACGCUCGACAGCUGACCAAGAACAUGAUGCGAAAGCCCACCGCGGACCGCCUGCUGAAACAGCGCGAUGCGGAUAUCCAGAACUUUGUCAGUUUCAUCUCCAGAGACUCCAUCCAGAAGUCGCUGCAGAUGUACUUAGAAAAGCUCAAACAAAAGAAAGGCUAGGCCACCCACACAGGCUCUGGGCAUAUAUGGCCUUCGGGGGUCCUCUGGUCUCAAGGGGUUUUAAACUAGGUAUUUUCCAGCUUGAAAGUCCUUUCAGCUCUUUGUUUUGCUGAUCUUCUUCUCAGAAGGCCCUUUUCCUUGUAGCUAGCGUCCUAAUGCCCACCACCACCCACCAGUGCCUUUCCUGCCUGGCAGCUGGGCAGGGUGAGGUCGGCGGGCAGUGUCUGGCUUUGGGAAUCAUGAACUGGCAGGUGGGACCGUGUGGACCUCAGCAGUGUCACCACUGAGUGUCUCCUUUCCUAAAGCAGAAUUGUGAAUAAAGUCCUCUGGUUGUCCA